AAAGCCAACCAAAAAUUACACUACCCCAUGAAGAACUACCAAAUUUAUCUCUUUCCACAAUUUCUUUCUCUCCUUAUAAUUCAAAUACUUCCAAUUGCCACUCAAAAACAUGCAUGCGACGUGACAAGUUUCCCCCAAGCAUCCCAAUUUCCAUUUUGCGACACUUCCUUGUCAUACGACAUCCGAGCCAAAGACAUAAUUUCACGCCUCACUCUCCAAGAGAAAGUCCAACAAUUAGUCUCAGGAAGCGCGGGCAUUUCCCGCCUCGGUGUGCCUUCCUACGAGUGGUGGUCCGAGGCCCUUCACGGGGUCUCGAACGUUGGACCGGGGACUACGUUCAACGCCACCGUCCCCGGUGCCACUAGUUUCCCCGCAGUGAUCCUCUCCGCGGCGGCUUUCAAUGCGUCAUUGUGGUAUAAGAUGGGGCAGGCCGUGUCGACUGAGGCUCGGGCCAUGUACAACGCGGGCCUCGCCGGGUUGACGUAUUGGAGCCCGAAUGUCAAUGUGUUUCGCGACCCCCGGUGGGGCCGGGGGCAGGAGACACCGGGGGAGGACCCUCUUGUGGUGUCCAAGUAUGCAGUGAAUUAUGUGAAAGGUCUCCAAGAAAUGAGUAAUGAGGAAGGUAGUGGUGGUAAUCAGGGUGAUAGGCUUAAGGUUUCUAGUUGUUGCAAACACUACACCGCUUAUGAUGUUGAUAAUUGGAAAGGUGUUGAUCGGUUUCAUUUUGAUGCCAAGGUGACAAAGCAGGAUUUAGAGGACACGUAUCAGCCACCAUUCAAAAGCUGUGUGGAGAAGGGCCACGUCAGCAGUGUGAUGUGCUCAUAUAACAGAGUAAAUGGGAUUCCCACCUGUGCUGACCCGGACCUUCUCAAAGGGGUGAUCAGAGGCCAGUGGGGUCUGGACGGAUACAUUGCUUCAGACUGCGACUCAAUUGAAGUAUAUUACAAUUCUAUCCAUUACACUGCAACACCUGAGGAUGCAGUAGCCCUUGCCUUGAAGGCAGGUUUGAACAUGAACUGUGGUGAUUACCUAGGAAAAUACACAGCCAAUGCUGUUCAGUUGAAAAAAGUGGAUGAGUCUGUUGUAGACCAGGCCUUGAUUUACAACUAUGUAACCCUCAUGAGACUUGGGUUUUUUGACGGGAAUCCGAAAUCGGGUCCAUACGGGAAUCUUGGACCGGCUGAUGUGUGCACAGAUGAACACAAAAGUUUGGCACUUGAUGCUGCAAAGCAGGGGAUAGUGUUGCUAGAAGACAAUGGAAUUCUUCCUUUGUCACCAGACAAAGUCAAGAACUUGGCUGUUGUAGGACCCAAUGCCAAUGCCACCAAUGCUAUGAUAAGCAACUAUGCCGGUAUCCCUUGUGGCUACACUAGCCCCUUCCAAGGGCUAAAGAAGUAUGUGCAGGCCGCGAUAUAUGAGCCCGGGUGUAGCAACGUCAAAUGCGGCAGUGAGAGCCUUAUUGAGGCGGCGGCCAAGGCUGCAGCCACCGCUGAUGUCGUGGUGGCGGUGAUGGGGCUAGAUCAGUCCAUAGAAGCAGAGGGGCUGGACAGAGAGAACUUGACACUGCCUGGUUUUCAGGAAAAGCUUGUGAAACAAGUGGCUAAUUCCACGAAUGGAACAGUCAUUCUGGUUGUCAUGUCGGCUGGUCCCAUUGAUGUUUCAUUUGCCAAGAAUUUGAGCAAAGUUGGGGGAAUUUUGUGGGUAGGCUAUCCGGGGCAAGAUGGAGGGGAUGCAAUAGCUCAAGUCAUAUUUGGAGAUUAUAAUCCGGGUGGAAGGAGUCCCUUCACAUGGUACCCACAAGAAUACACAGAUCAAGUGCCAAUGACAGAGAUGAACAUGAGAGAAAACACUAGCAACAAUUUCCCAGGUAGAACCUACAGAUUCUACACUGGAAAAACCAUUUAUGAGUUUGGCCAUGGUCUAAGCUACUCAGUAUUCUCAAAGUUCUUCAUAUCUGCUCCCACCACUGUAGUAAUCAAACCAACAUCCACUUCCAAACCACUUAACAUUCUAUCCUCCAAAUCCAUACAACCAAAACAUUUUCUUGCCGGCCAAGCAAUCGAUAUCUCAGCAAUAAACUGCCAGAACCUGACGUUUGACAUCUCCGUCGGCGUGAGGAACAGCGGGCCAAGGGACGGAUCUCAUGUGGUGCUAGUGUUCUGGAAGCCGCCGAGCUCUAAGGACUUGAGUGGCGCACCAAAUGUGCAGCUCGUCGGGUUUGAGAGAGUAGUGGUGAUGAAUGGGAAGACAGAGUCCAUGACUGUGAAGUUGGAUUUGUGCGAGGGACUUAACCUUGUGGACAGUGAAGGGAAUAGAAAGUUGGUCAUUGGACAACACACUCUUAUUGUUGGUUCUCCUAGUGAGCGCCAAGUUAGGCACCGUCUCAAUGUGAGACUGGCCGAGAUGAGUACUAUCCACAGGUUUCCCAUGGAAGGUUUGAUUCCGUACCUUAUCCACGCGCUGAGGAACGAGAAGCCGAGGAACAGCUACAGAAGCUUCUCCGAGAACUCCACCAGCCAGAGGAGCUACCAUCGCCUUCUGAGCGGAUCCAGCCAUAAAUUUUCCGAAGGAUCGUCCCACCGGCGAACGCGAUCGGAGUUCCAGCCGCCGCCGCCGCUGGACUUCGCCGAGCAGCGAUCGCGGAGCGUCAACAGAGGCUUUCCGUCGCCGUCUGAGAAUCGGAGGGACUCUUCUUCUUACCCUAAUUUCAACGCCGAUCUUCGGAGGAGGACUGCUUCAAAGUGAUUGGUGAAAAAACAACGAUCUUCUGUUCUGUUUAUUGUAUAAUGUAGUGCUUUGUUUCGUGUUUCCAAAUUGGUUGGAUUCUUUUGUCGAGAUUAGUGUCGUUUGUUUAGGUGGAGGUCCAUUAAAGUGGAUGGAUUUCCGCUUGUAAUCAAUUUGUAAUAACAUUUGGAUUUUAUUAGCAAUACUAAUACCGUGGGUUAUAUUAUCCACACAAAAAAACCUUGGGUUGUUUUUUUAUUAUAAAUAUUUAAUAGUGUAUAUAUAGUUGGCUAUUUUGCAAAAUGAUCAAAAAUAGAGACGAUAAUUGUGGCUUUCCAAGGAGAAAAUAACUAGAUGUAGUUAUUGAGGAUUGACUAAUUUGAAGUUCAAUAAUGUGUGAACAAUUGUCUAUGCGUUUAGAGGAAAUAAAUGGAAC